AUGAUGAGGGUGACACACACAUGGGGGAGAGCGGAGCCAUAUCCUGAUCAUCCAGAGAGAUUUGAGUCUGUGUGCCAGGUUGUGUGCAGACAGGGCGUGUGUGAGCGCUGUUACUGGGAGGCUGAGUUCAGUGUGUCUGAGGGGGGAUGGGUUUAUAUAGCAGUGACAUAUAAAGGAAUCAGCAGGAAAGGAGUGGGUUCUGACUGUAUAUUUGGAUGGAAUAAAAACUCCUGGAGUCUGGAGUGCAUUAAACACAGUGACUCUGAUAACCUCAGAUACUCUGUCAGGCACAAUGAGAACCCAACACUCAUACCUGUCCCCCCCUCCACCUACCGCAGAGCAGGAGUGUGUGAUGAUGAUGCUGGUAGAAGAGUGUGUGUGUACAGGGUAGGAGUGUGUGUGGACCGUCCGGCCGGCACUCUGUCCUUCUACAGCGUCUCUGACUCUGACACACUGACCCUCCUGCACAGAUUCCACACACACUUCACUCAACACACACCCCUCUGUGCUGGAUUUUAUGUGUUUGACUCCUCAGUGUCCCUCUGCUAA